AUGGCCAACCGGCGGUUUGUAGCCAGCUUGAUGUCGGAAAAUAAACUUUCGAGUGAAAUUUCUUUUGAUUCCAUUAACAAUUGGACCCAAAUGGUUUUCUUACAUGUUCAAAAUAAUCUCUUCAUAGGGAAAAUCUCACCAGAGAUUGGUCUCUUGUCAAAUCUGAGUGUUCUCUUUCUGUAUCAUAAGAACUUCACAGGCCCUAUUCAUAUAGAGAUUGGGAACUUAGAGAAUCUUAGGAGUUUGGAUCUUUCAAACAAUCAGAUAUCAGGUUCAAUACCUUACAUGAUUGGAAACUUGGUUAACCUUGAAGAUAUGAAUCUCAAUGGGACAAUUCCACUUGAGUAG